UGGCUCAAGUGGAAAUGGAGUUCCGCGAUGUUUCAGUGUCAAUGGCGCGAGGGGCCCGAGGAGAGACUCAGCCGGGCCCACUGUCGCAGUGUGGGCAAGGCCAUGUGUCACUUCAAGGACGGUAACUUCUCCGGCUUCUGCGAAGCCUUGGCGGUCGGCGGAUGCCAGGAUGCCGCUAUCUCUGUCACCUUAGCACAGCCACAGGAGCCAGACUGUCCAUUGAUCGGCGUGAGCAAGGGGUUUCAAUCCUUGAGCGGCUACCGGCGCGAUGAAGUGCUGGGCAGGAACUGCCGCUUCUUGAACCGUGGCUGCGCUAUCCGCCAGGAGGAUCGGUUGAAAAUGCGAGCUGCAGCUCGCGCUGGCAAAAGCUUCUCUGGGCUGCUGCAGAAUCGCAAGAAGAGUGGCGAGACAUUUGCAAACCUGCUGUGCAUCAACUCGCUCCGCGUGGGCUGCACCUUCUACUUGCUUGGCAUACAGGUCGACAUGACACGGCAGGAAGGGGAGCAGGGGCGCGUCGCCGAUGUACAUGAUUUUGUCCAAAGACAAAUGGAUGCAAUUGUCAACACGAUCUCUGAAGCUCAGCAGGAUACCAUUUCUCGCCUUCAGGUGCCAUUUGAUUUGACCUGGCUACGCGAACUGGAGGAGGCCUCCGCUUUUGCAGCCCUGGAAACGCAGUGCCCCGGCGUGCUGACAAAGAAUACCUUCUUAGAGGUGCAAGAAGACGAAGUGGAGUCGGGCACUGUGUUGCUGCCAAGAGCAGUCUCCGACUCCAUGCUUCAAGGAAUGGAACCGGAGGGCGUGACACUGAAGAUCCUGAAGGAUCAAGUGCAGUGGCUGGAAGCCUUCCACAAGGAGACACCAGAGCAAUCAGAGCAAAAGAGUCCUGCGGAAGUGCCAAGUCGUGGCAGUCAGCUCCACCCGGAUGGCUGUACACCGUGCUCUUUCCACUGCUACUCUUUGUCCGGCUGCAAUCAAGGGGAGGACUGCAGCUUUUGCCAUUUGGAGCACCUUCGGCGACCAAAGCGCAGAAGCAAGAAGAAGAAGGAUGAGAAAGAGGAGAACGUGGAGAAAGUGGAGAAAGUCGAAAGCGGCCAAGCGGUCGGGGCGCACUCCGGAAUCCGCAGGUUAGAGUAUGGGUUUGCUUAGACCCGCUGGGCCAAGCGCUUCCAUGUUCCGUUCCAUGGCGCGAUGCGCACAUUGGGAGUCUUCGAGGCUUAGUGAGAAAUUACAUGUUGAGAAACGCUCAAGCGCUCAAAGGACUUCCGGUGCUUGAUCUGCUUUCUAGCAGUGGUUUCAGUUCAUUUCAGUUCAAUAAGUUCCUCUGGUCGGAAGGGUUUGAAGGACCAUGGCGACCAGUCAGUUCACGUGUACAGAGGCGCCAGCCUUGACGUGGUGCUUGUGCAGUGCGCAAAGUGAUUGCGUCGUUGGCUUGCAACAAGCUUAGCUGAUAUAGCAGGGAGCAA